AUGCUGCUGUAAUCUAUUAAUAUUGUCCACAGACUGAAAAUACUUUCGCAGGUUCGAGAAAUUGUGUGAAAAUCGGUUUUGUUAAUACCUUUUUUAAUGCAUGAUCUACUGUGAAAAUCCAGCACACAUUGGUGUUCCGUGACGAACAAUGACCUCAGAUGACCAAUAAGACAUAUAUUAUGGCAUUUUGUUGUUUCGGCCAGUUUGGAUUGUGCGGGAAUUAUGCGGGUAUUCGAAAUGUUGAAAGUUGACUCUAGUUUCUACAUGUAAUUAACGAGUUUUUUUCUUAUUCGGUAUAAAUCAUGUUUCUGAUGUGUAGUAAACUUAACGAGCCAUAUGUUGCAUUGGCACGUAUUGAUAUAUAUAUCAACCCUAUUUUAUGGAACGUCGUUGCCAUGCUUCAAAUAACAUUUAAAUUUUCGUACGUACGACAUUCGUAAUUGAACUUUAGAGUGCUACGUUUUAAGAACUGUUAUUUGCUUAUUGCUAAAGUUUUAGUACUUUACAUACCCAGAUUUUCUUUGGAGUAUGUGAAGUACCUUAUCACUGAGUUCAAGAGAACAACGAGAAAUUGGAAUUGAAUUGGACAAAUCAGCUUUUGUCUAUCCUGGAGAUGUUAACGCAUUGGGCAAAACAUAAGUAUAAAGAAAAACAAAGAAGCUCUAUUAAAUGCUGUCUACAGCUGGAGUGUGGUGUGUGAUGGCUGCCAAGAUGCCUGAGCUGAGUUAUUCUUGUGAGAUAUGUGGUGUUGAAGGACUCAAUGAUGAGGAGAUGCGUUCACAUAUGGUGUUCUGCCACCUGGAGGGUGCUGCUUCUUGCCCAUUUUGUGAUUUGGGUGAGGUUUCAGCAGAGGAAAUGUUGAUGCAUGUCAACAGUGCUCAUUUGGAUUAUUUAACUCCUGAACAAGAACUUUUAGCUUUUAUUGAUGAUGAUGAGGAUGAAGACAGCAGUGAACAAGAUAUGGCUCGACCAUCACCAUGGGUACUCUCACCUGAACCCAGAGAGAAUGGCUGGAUAAACAAUAUCAACAAUAAUAACAAUAAUUAUUGUGGAGGUGGUAGUGCUGCGGGUAGUAGUAGUAGUAGCAGUGGAAGUGCUCUAGCAGGUACAGCUAGUGCGGGUUCUGGCUCUCCUCUCCGAUCACAGUUGGCGCUGAAUCUUCGGACUAGUGCUGUACCCAGUCCAGCAAAGAAACCAAUACCUCAGCAGUGCCCCAUGUGCUCAUAUAGUAGCGAUUCUCCACUGCAGUUAGAAGAACAUAUUAACAGACAACAUUUUGAUCUGACAAGCCCUUCAUUCCCUGCAUCACCACCUGGUCCAGAAGAGACAGUGUAUAAUUGCCCACUCUGUGUUCGUACCUUCCAGAAUAGCCCAGAUUUAGAAUUGCAUGUAAAUAUUGAGCAUAAGGAUAUCCUCAGUCCUGCCAAGCCUAGUCAAGCUUCUGCAAGUGUAGAAAACUGGAGUGACAGUUGCCCAGUAUGUUGCAUGACCAACUUCAAGAGUAAUCAGGAAAUGGUUGCACAUAUAGAAGAACACUUCAAUCAAAAAGGUGUGUCUCCAAUUACUCCAGAUAUGUCAUGUGAUCGUAUGCUUGCACGGGAAAUAGAGAAGCGAGAAAGAGAGGUUCGGAGGUUGCGAGAACAGCGGGAGUUUGAAAUGCUGAGGGCACAGUAUGGAAUGGACAAUCAGGGAAACUUCAGGGAACAAAGCCUGACAAACAUGCAGAAGGCUGUGUAUGCUGGUGAAAUGUCAGUUGCUGAUUAUUAUGAACGGCAAAUUGAGUUGCGGGCUGCAGAGAGCAAUGGUGUUGAUGAUGGUAGUUCCUGUACCAAAGGUCUUGUUCCUAAAGUUCGUGGUAUUAGUGGUAGCUCACCAAAUGUUGUCAGAACUUUGAUGUGUACCACAGUUGACCAUUAUGCUUCAACGUAUGGAGACAAAGGCUGGGGUUGUGGGUACAGAAAUAUGCAGAUGAUGUUAUCAUCACUACUGCAUCAUACUGGGUACAAUGAACAGUUGUACAAACCAUCAUUGGUGGGUGGUGGACUGUAUGGGAUGAGUGGUGGGCGUACUUGUGGAUUGGAGAUGCCUAGUCGUAGUGCCAUGCCCUCUAUUUCCCGUCUCCAGCAGCAUGUUGAAUGGGCAUGGGGACAGGGAUUUGACCUUCAAGGUAGUGAUCAGUUGGGUGGAAAACUCUUCAAUACUCGGAAGUGGAUUGGAGCUACUGAAGUUGUCACUGUUCUUUCAUCACUUAGGAUUAGAUGCCAGUUGGUGGAUUUUCAUCGGCCUACAAGUCCUGAUGGAGGCCAUCCUGAGCUAUUUAAUUGGGUAUUAGAGUACUUUCAGAAGAAUGAUGAUUUUAAACCACCCUUAUAUUUGCAACACCAAGGUCACAGCCGUACUAUUGUGGGUGUUGAACAGUUAAAGGAUGGUGGCCUGUGCUUGUUGGUUUUUGACCCUAGCCAUUCCCCACGUCAGAUGGCUCAAUUUAGAAACACUUCAACAGCAGUGGCAGCAAUGCGACUGAUUCGCAAGUCAUUGGUCGCUAUGAAAGCUCGACAAUAUCAAGUUGUUGCUGUGUGUGGAAUUAUGGACACAGAGUGUGAAUAUCAGCAAAGCAAGGUUCUGCGUUCAGUUAGAGUCCCACAAGACCGAUGAUGAUAGCAGAGUAUGUGUAGGUAAGAAUGGUUCCUUUUGAUUUCUUUGAGUGUUCUUCAGAUGCCUGCAACUAACAUCAGUGCAGUGCAUUGAUUCCUUAAUACAGAAUUAUCUUGUUUAGUUCUUUUACAACUUAAUACAGUAAUUAUACCCUCUAGGGGAACAUUUAUACAGACUUUGUACAAAGACAUUAAGUGAUAAAAUUGUGACUGUAGAUGUAGCAGCUUUAGCAGCCAGCUGAUAGAACAACUUGAUUGUUAAUGUGCUGGUUGGAAGUCAAAUUUGGGAAUGUCAGAAGAUUUUUGCAACCUCUGGACUUCCAACAACUGCCAGUUUUUCAAUAGCCACUCUCAUAUUGCCUUAGAACUCCUGCUCAUUGCAACUGAAAAUGCACAAGUUAAUAAUGAAGGUAAUCCUAAGUUAGACUUCCUUUUGUAUCACCAAUGUCUUUCUCAUAACAUCAUUGCCAUACUCUUUUACCAAAAACAUGCAAUGAAAUUAUCCGAGCCACCUCUGUUCUCUUCCUUCAAACCCUCCUGAAGAAAAACAGGACAACCUGGGUGUACCAUGGAGAAUUUCUCAUCUUUCACAAAGAUGAGCCAAACCUUCAGGUUACAGUAUGGAUGAUAAGCUGUUGAACUUCUCCAAAGAUGAUAAGUUUUUCACCCUGGAACACCAAAAGUGAAAUUCUCUCAGGUGAUCAACUGCAUCAAAGCUGAAUUAAAAACUGGCAGUUUGGAGACCUACUCUGUCUCCAUCAUCAGGAUUAAUGUGGUGACGAAGACCAAAAGUCAUUGACAUAUAUAUAUCAGUCCAUCCAUGCAUUGCCUUUUCUGUAUUGGUGUACACAGCAGCCUGAGGGUAAAGUUAUAUUUGAGCAAUUACCCAUUGACAACUUGUACUGGUUCCGUUACGUAACUGGAGAAUGUUCUUCAGUGUUUCAGUUAUUCAUUCAUGUCAUUAUGUUUUAAAAUCUUGGUAGUCAGGUUCAAUGCAUGGUUUAGUAUCAGCUGGAAAAAUGUGCAGUGGAGGACUUAAGCCACCAAAUCAAGUUCCAGGACAUUAAACUACUAUCCACAUCAGGUUACAUGGAGUUACUUGUUAAGGAAGCAAUAGAAAUAUAGCUACACCCAAAUAAAAUAAAUAGGGAAGAAGGCUUCAAAUUAAGUCACACAUGGAACCUGACCAUCAAGAUUUUAAAACUCUGCAACAUGAAGAUGAAAACUAGUCAAGUGAAGAUCAUUGUUCAGGUUAAGCAGCAGGGAACCAACACAAGUUUAGGAUAAGUGACUGUUCAGUUUGACUCUGCCCUCCAAUUGCUCAUUACGCCAGUGAGAAGGCAGCAACACAAGGAAGGACUGAUACACACAUCAGUGACUUAUGAUCAUGCCCCCACAUUGACACUGAUGUUUUGCGACUGAGCAGGUCUCUAAAAUAUUGAUUUCUAACUGAACUUUGACUUGCUGAUCAUCGUAGAGAAUUUUGGUAUAUUUAUUUGCUAUGAAAUCUUGAAAUCUUACUUUGCCAAAAGUGCUUGUAUUUAAGCGAUCAUAACAUACAGUCAGUGCUGGAUGAAGGAUGAGUGAUUCUGAAAUAAUGUAUGACACUAUAAGUAAGUAAAUUGUUACAUCAU